AUGAAGCCCGACAAGUGCCUCAAAGCCGAUGAGUUUCGUGGAACGGUUGGAGAAGGAGAAAAUGCCAUCGAAAUUGCGUGGAAAAAUAACGCUCAGUCCAGGCUAGAUGGGGAUGCGAAAAAACUGAAAACCACCAGCGAUCGCGUUAAAGCUGUCACUGAACAUCUCGUUUAUCACUCGGCUCUGCGAUUGAAAAAGCCAACGUCUUACAUUUUAGGUGCACUGAAUGACACCACUACAAGCGCUCGCACUGGUCUUUCGACUCCAGAUCCAUUGCAUACGACAGUGACUUUUAGGCCGGGGAAAUUGAUUGCCCACAUAUAUGUUGGAAAUUGUGGCGAGGGAGAAACAGCAUUUGACAACCUUACAGUUGAGGGAGAAUCGGUCGUGGACCCUGAUAAAAGGGAACAAGUCGAAAGCCUUUCUAUUGGAACCUACCCAAAAUUUAGUUACUAG